CAAUGACCCAAGCACCCAAGCCUAUAUAUACUAUAGCCGGCCCGCAUUCGCAUUCGAACGUUUUGACUUCGAAGUAGGCCUAAUAAUUGCAGAGUAAAGAGCAUAAUAUAAAUCACUACCAGCAUAUCAUUGUAUGCAUAAUAGCAGUAAAAAUCACUGAAGUUGAUUAUAGAGGCAUCCUUAUCAGACUUAAAGUCAACACUUGAACAUCUGUAGAUCAAAUCUUGCUGCCAGUGCCCAGUAUUUCACAUCAUCCAGUGACGUUUGGAUUCCACCAGGUCCUCUCAUCACGUAAAACCGAGUCUGUAUAUUCUAAAGCAGAAUGUCUUGCCCAUUUGGAGGCGGUGGUGACAGGGUACCGCAUGGUGAUACAGAGAAAAGUGAUGAUAAGAAGCUCACAUAUGGUAGCUAUCUUCAGCUAGACAAGCUUCUUGAUUGUGUUGGUCUUCAAAGCGGUGCAAACCCUACAGGUAUGCCGGUGCAUGAUGAGCAUCUCUUCAUCAUUACACAUCAGGCUUACGAACUAUGGUUCAAACAGAUAUUGUUUGAGAUUGAUUCCAUCAUAGAUAUACUCGGUCAGGUGCCUGUGGACGAGAAGAAUCAGCUCGUCAUGAUGAACAGGAUGGAACGUAUUGUACAGAUACUCAAGCUCCUCGUUGAUCAGAUCUAUGUCCUUGAGACGAUGACUCCACUCUCAUUCUCUGAGUUCAGAGAUUAUCUCUCACCAGCCUCUGGUUUCCAAAGCUUCCAAUUCAGAUUAUUAGAGAACAGACUGGGAAUAAAACCUACCAUGAGAGUGAGUUAUCAGCGUCGGAAUUAUGCCAGUGUUUACAGUGAGGAGUUACAAGCUACCUUGAAGAAAUCGGAAGAAGACCCUACUUUAUUGCAUGUUGUAGAGAGUUGGCUGGAGAGAUGUCCUGGUUUGGAGCCAGAAGGGUUUAACUUCUGGGAGAAAUAUAAUUACCAAGUUCAAGCAUUCCUCAAUGAUUAUCUCAUUAGAGCAGAGGCUGCAGAGAGUGAAGAAGAAAGGGAUCAGAUUCUGAAUGAUCACAAGUCAUUUAAGGAAACAUUUGAUGUCAUACUAGACACAGAGAAAUACAAGGCACUGCUGGCAAGAGGUGAUGUUCGAAUCUCUCACAAAGCUCUACAGGGGGCGCUGUUGAUAUCCCAUUACAGAGAAGAAGUUCGCUUCCACCAACCCUACCAGUUUAUGACAAGGCUUAUGGAUAUUGAUUCUCUUCUCACAAAAUGGAGAUAUAAUCAUGUUAUGAUGGUUCAGAGAAUGAUUGGUUCUAAACCAGGAACAGGUGGCUCAUCUGGUUAUCACUAUCUUCGAUCUACUGUUAGUGACCGGUACAAGGUAUUCCUUGACCUGUUCAAUCUCUCUAACUACCUCCUCCCCAGGAAUUACAUCCCUCCCCUCACUCCCGUUAUGAAGCGCACACUGUCCAUCCCCAACCUCAACACCAGCGUGGACGGUGGAAUGUUCCGCAGGUUUCACAUCGGCAGCCCUAGUAGGAGUGGAGGAGGUCUCCUAUCAUCUAGUCCUAGCUCACUUGGGAGGGGAAGCUUGCCUGGGACACCUGAAGAUGCUAUUUUUGAAGGGCUGAGUUCUUCCGAUGGUGAUGAGGAGGAUAGUGACCAAUCUCCUCAGGGUAAUGGUCAAAUUGUAUUCUCUGCAUAAAGGAUGCUACCAUGCAGAGAUGCAUCUGCAAAGUUGAAGGAACUUAAAUGGACCAUUUAUUGAGUAAAAAUACAGAUGGCCACAGACAAAGUUGAUACGUUUACUGAAAUGAAUAUAUCGAGCAUUUAUUUUUGUAUUUUAAAUUUUUUUAUAUUGAAAAUGUUCUUGUCUUUGCAAAGUGUAAAGUAUAUCUUUUCUAUGAAAGACUGAAUCUAACACUGUUUUGUUUACAUGCAAUCAAAAACAAUUUGAUUUUGAAGACAAAUCGUUUUCUUUCUUUUUUAAAAGUAAUGAUUAUGUCUAGAUCUGUUUUUUUAUAGUCUGAGUGGGCUGAAAGUCUGAGAUGAAGACUUGAAUCUUAAUAUCCAAGACAGAUGUAGGAGCCGAUCAGGAGGUCAUUUCCAUGGGAUGAUGGUAUUUCCUGUGCACACAUGCUGCAUAUGUAUCAAUUGUAUUUAGAUAUGAUGGAUGUGCAGUUCCAUGAAAUGAUAUUGUCUUGUACCUCUGACCUGUUUUUCUCAUUUUACUUCUCUUCUUGGGUCAUGAGAAAAUGAGAGCACAUUCCUUCAUAUUAACAAAAUUAGUAGAUAAAAUUAUGGUAAAUCAUUUUAGAUAAGUCCCUACUCUUAGGUCGCUUUCAUACUGAAGGCGAAGUGGCGUUGCUCCGGAGUAGCUUUGGAUUGAGUUGAUACGCUUGUACUGCAGACCGAUAUUACACCCCCUUUUAAACAGCGGUGUAUCCACUGUGGUUUCCAAGUGAGUUUGCGCCAUGAUGUGUGGCGUGCAGAAUCUCCCCCAUGCGGAAAUGAAUGAAGUUAUGCGCAAGAUAGGCGAUACCGCACUUCUAGUGCGGCCUUACUCCCGUUUGAAACCCUCUUCUCAAAGUGGGUUGAGUACUGUGCUUUGAAUCCUGAUAAAAAUAAUCCUAGAAUUUUCAUACUGCCCUCCAAAGUGGAGUAAUUCCCUCUGGACUAUGGAGUAACUCCAUUUGGGCUGUCACUGUAUGAAAGUGGUAUUAGAGAGGUUUGGACCUUCUUGUACAUGAACAUGUUUUGUUAAAUUCCAAGGCUGCAUGUUUAAUCCACUUAUACUAUUUUUUAUAUUGGAAAAAGUUCCCACAUAUGUAUUCAUCUGAUACUCAUGCAACCCCUCUUAUACUUUGUUACAGCAACUUAAUUAUUGAGGUAAUUGGUCACAAUAAUUUUCCAGUGUGUUUUUGUUUGCUUGUAGUGUAAUCCCAUUUGAUAAUCAUCUGUCUGAAAUUCCUAUAUAGGAUAUUAUGUAUUCCUCCAUGUGCCUUCAGCGAUUACUGUAUUUUAUACAUAAUUGGCCGAUAUGUGUUUGAUAUCUGCAGAGAUAUUUUUAAGCCAAAAUAGUUUGUAUGAAAUGCUAACUUAGAUUGCCGGUAGUACAGUCCAAACAAAUCUGUACCUCUACACGUACCUCUCCUUGUUAUUCCGUGACUAGGAAUAUAUUAUGCAGUACUCAUACUUAUCCAUGUAUUCCAAAGGCCAACAAGCUGUGCUUCAUUGUUUGUUUGUUCAUUUCUUCUUUUAUUGGAAAACGUAUGCUCAAUUAAUCAUAUAUUCAAUACAUUGAAUUCUAUACAAUAUUAGAGUAUUGACGCGACAAUUUUAUGUGUUUGUCUCAUCUCAAUAUUGCACAUUUACAGUUGGAUGUUUGUAGUCUUUGCUCAUUUAUUCUUAGCAUUUCUCUGUAAUUACAGAUUGUAUGUUGAAAAUUGAAAAAAAAAUGAAAAAGAAAAUAAUAUGAUAUUAGUGUGGUCCAAUUAUAUAGUGCAGUUACCAUAUGCAUAUCUACUGUAUACUCUACUGUGCUUGAUACACGAUACUAGAAUUGGUGAAUUUUAUUCAAUUGAUAAUUGGCAAAAUAAGAUAAUUAUUAUCACUGACAUGAAGAGAUAUGGUGAUUUAAGCAGAAAUUGGGUGGAUGAGGCUAUUGAAAAGCUUGAAGUGGGUUGAAUUGUUGAAUCAACUGAUAAUGUUCUGGGUUGAUUAAUUGAAUCUACCAAUAAUGAUGAUGAUGAUGCACAGCAUUUGUAUAGCGCCAUAUAUCUGUCAGACAUUCAAAGGCGUUUUUUUUUAGGAUCAUGCCAAUCUGUGUCGCCUAGAAAGAUGCGCACACAGAAGUUUAAAUAUAGUUUUGACUUUAUACUGUUGAAUUGCACAAUCCAUAUCUAGUGUGCUGAAAAUCAUGAGACUUCUAUCCAGGUCAAUCUAAAAUUAUCAUUAUCUAACUAUUAUUGCCACAAGUUUCUCAGUGAUCUCUAUCAUUUUUUUCUAAUAAAUUAUUUUAUUUGUCAUCAUGAUGUAUGAUGUCUUCAUUUUAAUAUGAAAUUUCCUUUUUACAAAUAUUCCUUAAUAAUGCAGCUGAAAAAAAUGCACAAUUGGAUUUGAUAUUUAUCACAGAACCGUUCGUCUAAAGAGUACAAUCUAUAUUUUUUUCAUAAAUCAGCUGCACCUGUUUAUAUAAAUGUUAUGUAUGAGAAGUGUUUAUAUUCCUAUUUUCCUAUCAUUGCACGUAUAUGUUGAUGUCUUGAAAUAUUGUUUGUGACUGAGGAAAACAUGAA